AGAAUUUUCUAAUAUGGACGUUCGUUCUAAAAGUAAAAAGAAAGUGAUUGUUUACAUGUAUUACAAUUUUAAACUGUGAUCAAUUUUAAAUUCAUUUGAAAACGAUUUUAAAUUAAUUCUUUAAUGGUUACGAACAUCUUCAUUAAUUAAAGUUGUGAAGAAAGUGAUCAAUUUCGAUAAUUCAAAUGUACCAAACCGUUCAACAAUAAUUUGGAAUUUUAACGGCGUAAUUUUCACAGCAUUUCAUUUGCGCGCGUUCUUCAGUGUUAUUCGAAGAAGACUGAAAUCAAAGAUUAUGGAUUGAUAAGCUUUUAUUAUGUAGAAAUACAUAUAGCUUGAAGAAUUCCGCUGCCAGACGCCAGUGACCUACGUUGGACAUUCGUAUUUAUUGUUGAACUUCGAUCACAAUUUCCUCAUCGAAGAGGUGGAGAUUUCUUAGUCUUGUCGAGCAAACAUUCAAUAUAGCAGCGUCAUUUUACUUUACCAAUAGCCCUGAAGAUCGACUGUGAAUCGUUGGGAUAGAAUUGUUUAGUCAGAUUCGGUUUUAUUAUUUGGUUUUAUAACGUAGCCUAAUAAGCCAUAAUGCGCGUGUAACAUCUUUAUUCCUGAUUGUCAUGGGUUUUUGAUCAUUUUAGAUGUGUUACGUUGACAGAAGUCCAGAAAUCUCGUUGUUAAUGAAUUCCACUCAUUUUUACCUCCGAUUUAUGACAUAUUAGAUUCAAAUUUGGAAAACUUAUUAUGAGCGACUCGAAACCCGAAUCAACAUCCGCUGCUGAAAAUACGGAACCAGAACCCGAAUCAGCGCAGAAAGAAGCACCGGAAACUGUAACAGCCGAGACCAAAGUAGACGAUGAAUUAACGCAAUUUUCCGCCGCAGAUAACGAGCCAGAGAAACCUGCGUCGCAGCUUGAAGAAAAAGUCGACGAGAACGUAGUAGCUUCUUCUAGCGAACCAGCGAAAGAAGCAGAAACAAAAAAAUUAUCCGAACCCGAAUCGUCUGAAAAGAACGCCGCAUCGAAGACCGUAGAUACACCUGCGACAGAACGCAAACAAAGCUCAGCUAGCGAGAAAGAAGUGACGGAAGAACGUAAAAAAUCCAAAGAAACCGAACCCAGUGACGAAAAGCAACGUAAGAUAUCAAAAGAGGCCGACUUGAGCGACGAGAAGCAACGUAAGAAAUCGGCAGAAAUCGAAGCAGUUGUUGAAACUGAACGCAAAAAAUCUAAAGAAAUCGAAGCUAACGACGAAAAACAGCGUAAAGUAUCGAAGGAAGUCGAAGUAGUCGUCGAUAGUGAACGCAAGAAAUCAAAGGAAAUCGAGGCUAGCGACGAGAAGCAGCGUAAGACGUCGAAGGACGUCGAACCGGUCGACAAUUCGCAACGUAAACAAUCAAAGGAAACUGAAUCGAACGACGAAUUACAAGACAUGAUUAAAGAAAUCGCCGAAUCUAAGACGGACGCGAAAUCCGAUAAAAUUGACGAUAAAAAAAGACAGCAAACGACAGAAAAUCUGAUUUCCGUUUUGGAGGGCGAUAUGGAAGGUCAAGUCAAAGAGAAACCAUCAAAGACGACUUCUAGGCCUGCUAAGGCCGCCCCUCCUGCUGCUACGGCUACCGGCUCGGGAGAUGCUGCGGCCGCCAUUAAACCUCCCAAACCGAAGAAAUACCUGUAUAAAUUGAAAUCGAAAACAGGUAAAAUUCUACAUUACACCAGUACGGUACCGAUAACGUUGAAACGACCGAUAAUUCAUUUGACCAAGAUGCCGGAUACCAGCAGUAAAUCGGAUCCGGUGCGAAAAAUUAUCGGAGCUGAGAUGGACGUCGAUAGCGAUAAUUCUACCAAGGAGAAUAACGUGAAAGAAAACGAAGCUCCGAACGAUAACGUAAUAAGAGUGGUUAAGAAAAAAGGCAGACCUCCUUUGUCGUCACGACCACCUCCUCCUGUCAUCACUUUGGAUGGAAACGCAUCCGAUACAGGCGAAGAUACGCGCAAUAAAUCGUCUACUUCGUUCAGUAUGCAGACGAGAAAAAGACAGCUGAAAUUCUUACCCGAUGGUCGUCUAGUUACGCCACAAAAACGUGUAAAACCUGACGAUAAGAAUGAAUCAACGUCAUCAUCGGAUAGCGAUAUCGAUAUCAUUUCGGAUGGUGAAAAAGCAGCCGAACCGGCUGCGGCGAAUAAGGCCGGUACGCCUAAGAAAUCGGAAAUAACGAUCGCUUCUGUCACCGGCGCUGCUGUGACGACGCCAGCUGCUCCCAGUUCACUUUCCAUCGCCUCCACUUCAACCGGCACGAUCGCAACGCAGAAAAAAUUCAAAUCCGGCGAAACGAUCAAAACAAAUUCGCUGACUGGCGAGAGACGCAAGUAUAAAAAAGUUUUCGAUUACGAAAGUUAUUAUCGCGAAAAGACCGGAGUCUCUUCGCAGGCCACAGUGGUUCGCACUCCGAUUGGAAAUAAAUCAUUCGCUUCGAACUUGACACCGAUUCGUAAAUUAGGCGAUACACCUAAAUUGAAACCUAUCCUACCUGCGAAUUCAGCUACGCCCAAAAAGAGCUCAUCCGUCGAUCCGGCUCAACUUCUGUCAUCGUUGAUCGGCGUACCCAUCUCGUCGAGUCAACUCAACGUGGUCAAAUUCAAACCGAAAGUCAUCCAGGAGAGGGCCAAUACUAUAAUCGCCUCGACACCGAAGAAAGUCACCUUUCAAGAUGACAGAAACGUUAAACACGUUCCGGCUCAACAAUCCGAGUUACUCAAAAGUACGCCGUUUAAAAUCGUCUCGAAACCUACCUACCAGAAAAUCCUACCAAAGCCUAGCAGCGCAGACAAGAUGCCAAUAUCGCGAAGUAGAAUGGCCUACCAACCGCUCAACUUCGAGAAUCACGUGACGCCGUCGUCGAAUAGUUUAUUCGUUACUCAAAAUUCGCCAUUUAUACGAGAGUCACUUCACGAUGCCUUGGCCAAAUUCGAAACGUUUACCGAUUCCAAAGUAGUCAAAACGAAAGAAGGACCGAAAAGAGCCGUUAAACGAAAGCAAGACGAAGACGUUUAUUUGAAAGAUAAUAACACCAAAACGCUAUACGAUUUAAUGUACGAAAUUUUCGAAAAAAUGCCCAGUUGGAAUUUACACGUCGUACCGGACACGAAGUGUUUCUGUAUAGCUCAAGUGUCUCGAGGUCGAAUGGGCAUACCGACGUUGAAAAAAAGUAUAGAAAUUAAUGCGGAAUUUUUCGCCAAAGUUUACGUUCACCAGUUACAAUGUAAACGUUACGACGGUAUUUAUGAUACCGAAAGCAAAAUCAUUAAACUAAUCAAAGAAAUCGACGCUUUGGCGGCGUAAUUCAUGCUAUUUGUAAAAAAAAAUUGUGUGUAAUAUUAUUUAUGUAACUGUGUAUAGUAAUUAUGUAUAUUCUUCUUUCUUUUUAUCCCCUUUCACUUUGUAAAUAAGAUACUUACGUAUCAGGGAACCAUAUUUAUGAAAAAUAAGACCAACGGAUAAUUUUACAAAUUAAUAAUGUCUGCAAAUUUAUAGGAAUUCGUUACCACGAUUUUUUAGGGCGAAGGAAAUUUAAUAUAUUGACAGUACAUUUUUCGCCUUGAUGGUGAUAGAAAAGUUUCUCCUUCGAAAUAAAUAACUUAAUAAAAAUGGUAGUAAGUGUUUGGUUUGAAAAUCGCCGUUGUUACAAAUUUUUAUUUAUAAAUGUAUGAUACGUAUUUUGCUUUUGAAACGACUCUUUUCGUCGAUAUUUUACAAAUUUGCUAUACGAACUUUAUUGUUCUGUUGUUAAUGUAAUUCUUAUUUCGUGUUAAGUAUUUAAAUUUUAUUAUGACUAUUUAUUCUUAAGAGUGUUUUAUCUCAGAUGUACCUUUUGUAUGUAUUAUGUGUACUUACAACUGAUGGUAAUUUUUCUUCUUGUAGUGUACAAUAUAAUAUGAAAAAUUUUAA